AUGGCGGCCUCAGAAGGAGCAGAGGAUAGCAAUGCCAAUGGCCAUGCUGCCCCGGCCAGAGGCGUCGCAGAUGUUGUUGGACCACUGGGCAUGGAAGCUGCUAGUCUUAAAGGAAAGAUUGCACUAGUGACUGGUUCAGGUAGGGCCCCAGCUUUAUUGAAAGAUUCCAUUCUAAAUAGGACCUCUGUAGGAAGGGGUAUUGGACGAGAGAUGGCUCUUGAGCUGGGACGGAGAGGCGCAAACGUUGUCGUCAACUACGCCAACAGCUCUGAUGCGGCUCACGAAGUCGUGGCAGAGAUCAAGAAGAAUGGAAGCGAUGCGAUUGCCAUUCAGGCCAAUGUUUCCGUCGUGAAAGAUAUUAUAUCUCUUUUCGCACAGGCGGUUGCGCACUUCGGCGAACUCAAUAUUGUCUGCUCGAACUCAGGAGUUGUGUCCUUUGGACACAUUGGGGAUGUUACCGAGGAAGAAUAUGACCGAGUGAUGAACACCAACACCCGUGGGCAAUUCUUUGUGGCCCGAGAGGCCUAUAAGCAUUUGUCUGUUGGUGGGCGUCUGAUCAUGAUGGGUAGUAUCACUGGUCAAGCCAAAGGCGUUCCCAAACACACCUUAUAUUCUGGUAGCAAAGGCGCAAUCGAGACUUUCGUUCGAUGCAUGGCGAUUGACAUGGGCGACAAGAAGAUUACCGUUAACUGCAUUGCUCCAGGCGGUAUCAAAACAGACAUGUAUCACGCCGUAUGCCGAGAGUACAUUCCCGGCGGGGCGGACUUCAACAAUGAGCAAACCGACGAGUACGCAGCAACAUGGAGCCCAUUACACCGCGUUGGAUUGCCGAUCGAUGUUGCGCGUGUGGUGUGCUUCCUUGCAAGCCAGGAUGGUGAAUGGAUCAAUGGAAAGGUUCUCGGUAUCGACGGAGGCGCUUGCAUGUAG